UCUUCCGCAGUGGGGAAUGACGUCAGCACGCUGCAGCAUCAGGACUUCCUGUGCUGAUGUGCGCAAAGUGAAACAGGCUACAGGAUGCUCUCUUCCACUGCCGCUGGACUUUUUUUAGUAUUAGCUUGGAUUUACCCAAGUUACGCACUCUACUUUCACAUAGGAGAGACGGAGAAGAAAUGCUUUAUUGAGGAAAUUCCAGACGAGACCAUGGUUAUUGGAAAGUACAGGACUCAGCUGUGGGACAAACAGUCCGGUUCCUUCCUACCGUCCACCCCCGGCCUUGGGAUGCACGUGGAGAUCAAGGAUCCAGAUGCAAAAAUCAUCCUUUCCCGUCAGUAUGGGUCAGACGGACGGUUUACCUUCACCUCCCAUACUCCUGGAGAACAUCAGAUCUGUCUGCACUCCAACUCCACCAAGAUGGCUCUAUUCGCAGGAGGAAAACUGAGAGUGCAUCUGGAUAUUCAGGUUGGAGAACAUACCAACAACUACCCUGAAAUCGCAGCUAAAGACAAACUCACUGAGCUGCAACUGCGAGUCCGACAGCUUCUGGACCAAGUCGAGCAGAUCCAGAAGGAACAAAACUACCAGAGGUUCCGUGAGGAGCGUUUUCGCAUGACGAGCGAGAGCACCAACCAGCGUGUUCUCUGGUGGUCCAUUGCUCAGACUCUCAUCCUCAUCAUCACCGGCAUCUGGCAGAUGAAGCACCUCAAAAGCUUCUUUGAGGCUAAGAAACUGGUGUAACAUCCGCCUGAGCAACCGGACAUCUGGAAACAACACAAAUAUGAGCAGCAAGUCUGAGAAACGCCCACCCACAGGAUGAGAUAGGUGGUCUUAAUAUCAGCCAUAAACAGUAUGGGCAGAUUCCCUGAAGUUAUCAACCCUGGGAAAGUUUUUUUUUUUUUUUUAAUUUGUUGUGUUUUCUGGACCACGCUAGACAACAAAGGCCAAGAAGCAGUGACACCAUUAAUGAUCUGAGAUUGUUUUUAAUGGUGAUGCAUUUACAGCUAAAAACCAGAGAGUUUAUUCAAACCUGAUUUGAUGUAGGCCAUUGUGAUUGUGUCACUGUUCGUGUUGCACAUGGUCUUAUUUCCAGUUUUUUGUAUCUUCUAAGCUUUCAGCUGUUCACCAUGUGCUCACACUUGUACAAAUAUUACACUGGCCUUGACUCCUUAUGUGUCCACAUUCUUACACUUAAGCAAAAUGGUUUAUAACAUCAUGUAAGCAGUGAGGAAGGCACUUGUUAACAUCACACUGAGUCAUGAGUUAGUGUAUUUGCGAGCACUUAAUAGUACAAUAUAACAGUAUAAUUAUAAAACAAAUCCUUAGUAUAUUAUAAAAUAUUUAUUAACUGUUGAUACCUGUGAAUAAGUUAACAGAUGAGUUUAAAAUUGUUCAAGCCUCAUGAAGACAUUUCACAAAUCACAUUGCAACUCAAAAACCACUUACAGGAUUUUUCCUGCAGCUUUCAGGUAUGUUGUGGCCUUCCUCAGAUACUUUGGUGGUUGUGAUGAAGGGCGAAGAAAUAUUUAAUACACUAUACGUACUGCAUUAGUGAGUACAAUAAAUCCAACAAUUAUAAGCACCUCAUUCAUUUUUUUGAUUACAAAUGUGUAAUAU